CGCGCUAGUUUUGACAGGGCGCGAUGGCGGCGAUCGGGGCUGCUGGGGUAUCCUCGGCCGUGUCGGAAAAGCAAGAGUUUUACCAGCUUUUGAAGAACCUGAUCAAUCCAAGCUGCAUGGUGCGGAGGCAGGCGGAGGAGAUCUAUGAAAAUAUCCCAGGUCUGUGUAAGACUACGUUCCUAAUAGAUGCCGUCAGAAAUAGAAGAGCAGGUUAUGAGGUGAGACAAAUGGCUGCCGCACUGCUACGACGGCUUUUGUCCUCGGGGUUUGAGGAAGUCUAUCCAAAUCUACCUCCCGAUGUGCAGAGGGACGUCAAGAUUGAACUGAUACUGGCUGUUAAAUUAGAAACACAUGCUAGUAUGAGGAAAAAACUUUGUGACAUUUUUGCCGUGCUGGCCAGGAAUUUAAUAGAUGAGGACGGCACUAACCACUGGCCCGAAGGUUUGAAGUUCCUUAUUGAUUCCAUCUACUCUAAAAAUGUGUUUCUAUGGGAAGUGGCGCUUCACGUUUUCUGGCAUUUUCCUGGGAUUUUUGGGAACCAAGAACGGCAUGAUUUGGAUAUCAUCAAACGGUUGUUGGACCAGUGUAUUCAAGAUCAAGAGCAUCCAGCCAUCAGGACAUUAUCCGCGAGAGCUGCAGCUGCCUUUGUACUUGCUAAUGAGAACAACGUCGCUCUCUUUAAGGACUUUGCAGACUUGCUUCCGGGAAUCUUACAGGCUGUGAAUGACUCUUGCUACCAGGACGAUGAUUCCGUCCUGGAAUCCCUUGUUGAGAUUGCAGAUACUGUCCCUAAAUACUUGGGUCCUUCUUUAGAAGACGCUCUGCAGCUGAGUCUAAAGUUAUGUGGUGACUCUAGGCUUAGUAAUCUGCAGCGCCAAUUGGCUCUUGAAGUAAUAGUGACCUUAUCUGAAACAGCAACCCCAAUGUUGAAAAAACAUACAAAUAUUAUUGCCCAGGCUGUUCCUCACAUAUUAGCAAUGAUGGUGGAUCUACAAGAUGAUGAGGACUGGGUCAAUGCUGACGAGAUGGAAGAAGAUGAUUUUGACAGCAAUGCAGUUGCUGCUGAGAGUGCACUAGACAGGCUGGCUUGUGGGCUUGGUGGCAAAGUGGUUUUGCCAAUGACCAAGGAGCACAUCAUGCAGAUGCUACAGAGCCCUGACUGGAAAUAUCGGCAUGCUGGGUUAAUGGCCUUAUCUGCCAUUGGAGAAGGAUGCCAUCAGCAAAUGGAAUCAACUCUCGAUGAAAUGGUUAACUCGGUGUUGCAUUUUCUUCAGGAUCCUCAUCCAAGGGUGAGGGCUGCAGCCUGUACCACACUUGGACAGAUGGCUACAGAUUUUGCACCUAGUUUCCAAAAGAAAUUCCAUGAAGCAGUGAUUGGAGCUCUGUUGCGUACCAUGGAAAAUCAAGGUAAUCAGCGCGUGCAAUCACAUGCAGCCUCCGCUCUGAUUAUUUUUAUUGAAGACUGCCCCAAAUCGCUGCUGGCUCUUUAUGUAGACGGCAUGGUGAAAAAUUUACAUUCCAUAUUGGUGAUUAAAUUACAAGAGUUGAUUCGGAAUGGAACAAAGUUGGCCUUGGAGCAACUUGUCACAACUGUUGCCUCAGUUGCAGACACAAUAGAAGAAGACUUUAUUCCAUAUUAUGAUAUAUUUAUGCCCUCUCUGAAGCACAUUGUCGAACUUGCUGUUCAAAAGGAACUCAAGCUUUUGAGGGGAAAAACUAUUGAAUGCAUCAGCCAUGUUGGGCUUGCUGUUGGGAAGGAAAAAUUUAUGCAAGAUUCAUCCAAUGUGAUGCAACUGUUGUUAAAGACACAGUCAGACUUAAAUAAUAUGGAAGACGAUGACCCUCAGAUCUCGUACAUGGUUUCAGCCUGGGCAAGGAUGUGUAAAAUUCUUGGGAAAGAUUUUCAACAGUACCUGCCACUGGUUAUUGAGCCUCUUAUUAAAACUGCUUCAGCUAAGCCUGAUGUUGCUCUCUUAGACACACAGGAUGUGGAAAAUAUGAGCGAUGAUGAUGGCUGGCAGUUUGUAAAUCUUGGAGACCAGCAAAGUUUUGGCAUCAAAACCUCAGGACUUGAAGCAAAAGCAACUGCUUGCCAGAUGUUGGUUUACUAUGCUAAGGAGUUGAAGGAAGGAUUUGUGGAAUACACAGACCAAGUUGUGAAGCUGAUGGUUCCCUUGCUGAAAUUUUAUUUCCAUGACAACGUUCGAGUAGCAGCAGCAGAGUCCAUGCCUUGUCUUCUAGAAUGUGCAAAGAUUAACGGACCAGAGUAUCUUGCACAGAUGUGGCAAUUCAUAUGUGAUCCCUUAAUCAAGGCUAUUGGGACGGAACCUGAUGCUGAUGUACUCUCAGAAAUAAUGAAUUCUUUUGCCAAGUCCAUUGAAGUAGUGGGAGUUGGGGGCCUCACUGAUGAGCACUUGGAAGAACUGGGAGGAAUACUGAAAGCAAAGCUUGAAGGGCACUUUAAAAACCAAGAACUGCGACAGGUUAAAAGGCAGGAAGGAAACUAUGACCAGCAGAUUGAAAUGUCUCUGCAAGACGAGGAUGAAUGUGAUGUGUAUAUUCUAACAAAAGUAUCAGAUAUUUUGCAUUCAUUAUUUAGUACCUAUAAGGAAAAGAUUUUACCAUGGUUUGAGCAGCUACUUCCAUUGAUUGUAAAUCUCAUUUGUUCAAGUAGGCCAUGGCCCGACAGACAGUGGGGACUGUGCAUAUUUGACGAUAUCAUAGAGCACUGCAGUCCAACCUCGUUUAAAUAUGUAGAAUAUUUUCGGUGGCCCAUGCUCCUAAAUAUGCGGGAUAACAACCCUGAAGUCAGGCAAGCUGCUGCAUAUGGCCUGGGAGUCAUGGCACAGUUUGGGGGUGACGAUUAUCGCUCUUUAUGUUCAGAAGCCGUCCCGCUGCUGGUGAAAGUUAUUAAGUGUGCGAAUUCUAAGACGAAAAAAAACGUCGUUGCUACAGAGAACUGUAUCUCAGCAAUAGGAAAGAUUUUGAGGUUUAAGCCCAAUUGUGUAAAUGUGGAUGAAGUCCUUCCACACUGGUUAUCCUGGCUGCCACUGCACGAGGAUAAAGAGGAAGCUCUUCAGACUUUGAGUUUUCUCUGUGACUUAAUUGAAAAUAACCACCCAGUGGUACUCGGUCCAAAUAACUCCAAUCUUCCCAAAAUAAUCCGUAUAAUUGCCGAAGGCAAAAUUAACGAGACUAUUAGCUAUGAAGAUCCUUGCGCCAAACGCCUAGCUAAUGUCGUGCGCCAGGUACAGAUGGACCAAGAGUUAUGGUUGGAGUGCACAUCUCACCUGGAUGAGGAACAGCAAGCAGCCUUACAGGAGUUGCUAAAUUUAGCCUGAAACACUUUAAAGUCACUUGAAUAUCAUUGCCAUAAAAAUAACAUACCAAAUAAAUGUUAGGGGUGGAUUUCAUUAGAACUGAGAGAACUUAUUCUCUCCCUGUGUAAGCAGUUCAUAGUUCUUCCCUACAUUUCUCCAGAACUAGUGUUACAGCCUUCUGUUCAUCUUGCAUGUUUUAUCCCUUAAACACAGACCCUUGGUGACAACCUGUGCUUCCGUUGCCUUAGAAUGUUUGUCCGUUUCCCCUAAUUGGUAGGAAGUAUAUGUACAUUUCUACUAUUUGAACUAUUGAUGCUGGGCAAUCAAUAUACUUGGUGCCAAGCUGUCACGCUGAAUAUCACAAGCUGCUAAGAACUCACAAAAUUAAGACAGGAAAACUUUCAGGACAAACAUUGGAAAUGUGGGCCAUCAAGGGUAGAGUGGCAAGCUUACUCCUCCUGGAUAACACUUCUGGUUGUCAUGGUAUUGAGAGGAUGUUGAAAUUGGGAGAGAAUUUUGAAAUGUUGCAGUGGAUGUGGGGAGUUGAUAAUAUAGUCCUGGGAAUUGAGUGAGACAUACCCGUAGUUCCCAAGGUGUCCAGCUGAGAGUUAUAAGAACUUUAAAAUCCCCUUAACUAGACUGUUAACUCUACUUCUUAAGUUAGCCAGGAUCUAAAGAGCCAUGGUUACUGAAACAGGACUCCUGGUACAUCUAACAUUGGUAGCGUGUAACAUAAUGAAACACAGUGUUUGAUUAAUUGUAAGUAAUCAGUAUUUGUGGAAGGAGCCAAUCCGUGUUACGUGUUUGAGCAGAGUAGUGUGUGUGUGUGUGCCGUUUUCCACCCUGCAAAGCAGCUCAACAAGAAGAGAAACCUUGAUUUAGAAUGGGGCUUAACUAGAUUACUAUUUUGAAGAAGUUCCUAAUAGAUUGUGUGGAAGCACCGAAGAGUAUGCUAUUGUGAAAGUAAAAGGCAGGAAAGUUCAUUUUAGCUUUAAACAUGAAGAAAAAAACAACUUUGAGACCCAUCAUUUAGGAGUAGAUGUGCAUUAUAGGAUCUAAGAUAAACCUUUCCUAGAUUUCGAUAAAUCUAGGGUUAAUUAUAUUCCCAAUGUUGGUCUUUAAUCUCAAGCUUUUUGUAAGGUAGAAAAAAAACCUUUCUACUCAGCCAAUCAUUGAUCCCAAAAUUAAAAAACAAAUACACCUAUGAUGAUUUCCUGGGGGCUGUUGUGAGUACUGUAUAUGUAAAGUAUUUAGCAAACAUUUAAGACCUAAUAAGUGUUCAAUAAAUGGUAGCUGCUAUUGC